GCCAUUAUCCGAACAGUGGUGGUAUCGCAUCGAUCCGGUGCGCAGGAGUUUCUCUCGAGAAAGUACCGCAAGUCAGUUGCGCUCGAGCAUCGCAUACCUUGCAUACAAAUACUUUGUUACCUUUGGAAGUAUCGACAUAGGGUAUCGGAAACCGAUCAUUUGAAUUUGGUCCCUAGAGCUGUGGAGUUGAACGAACUUCAUUUAAAAUGAAAACGAAAAUGUUUGUUGUGUUUGUUGUUAUGUGUUUCAUACAUUUUGGCUCAGGUGAAGCUUCUAGAAUACAGAAGCAUUUUAACAAUAAAGAGGACAAUUCCAUGGAUGUGACUGACUUCUCAAUUUAUUAUGACAUAGACUCUAACACAACAAUAAGGAAGAUGAUGCCUCGUCCAUGGUACCAGCCUGGCUGGCGACUCCGACUGCCAUUCAAAGGAGGAAAGUGCACUUGUGAGGAGCUGAAGUGCACCUGCUGCUCUGGAAUGCGUAUUCCAGCGUUCCACUUUGAUAGACAAACAUGCGCCGAGCUGACGUUUGAUCCUACUGAAGGAUUUUUGGACUUGGACGUGAAAAUGGACAAUGAGAGCAUUUUCCACAAAUCUUAUUCCGCAAGCAACCCGCCGCCAUUCUGCAUUCCGAUCCCAAUACCGUACGUGCCCAUCACUAUUCUAGACAUGUGCAUCAGACUGUUCGAAAUCACUAUCGACUUCACAAAGAUGCAUGUCUGCAUGGAUUGGGACACCAGAGUAGACAAAGCUCCAGUCUUGAUCCUUCAUUUCGACUGCAUGGACCUCGGCCUUGGUGGCAUCAGUUUAACAAAACCAAACACCAAUCAAAUUACUGGUGGAGGUGCACCGAAUGAACCACCUCAGCUCAAUGGAGAUGUCUAUGACGCAGUGUCGGAAACUGCCAGUGUAUCUACACAGCAUCCAGUCUUUAACAAUAGUGUCAAAUAUAUCUAAUUUAUUAUAAAGAAAACAGCUU